UUAGUGUUGUAUCUAUGCUGCUCAGUAACGGGGAAUCGAGCACAGUCAGAGGAAAGGUAUCAGAAAUUAUCAAAAAAAUGUCUCCCAGCGAGUCCGAGCUUAAUAUCCCACCCAAGAACUGCUACCGAAUGGUCAUUUUGGGCUCCUCCAAGGUGGGCAAGACCUCCAUAGUCUCACGCUUCCUUAGUGGGCACUUUGAGGAACAGUACACUCCGACCAUUGAGGAUUUCCACCGUAAGUUCUACGGUAUCCGUGGGGAGGUCUACCAGCUGGACAUCCUAGACACCUCGGGCAACCACCCAUUCCCAGCCAUGAGGAGACUAUCAAUUCUAACAGGCGAUGUCUUCAUCCUGGUUUUCAGUCUGGAUAACAGAGACUCCUUUGAGGAGGUGCAGCGCCUGAAACAGCAGAUCAUGGAGACCAAGUCCUGUUUGAAGAACAAGACUAAGGAGAAUGUGGAUGUGCCUCUGGUGAUCUGUGGCAACAAGGGUGACCUGGACUUCUAUAGAGAGGUGCAAGCUCAUGAGAUAGAGCAACUUGUUGGUGGGGACAGUACUUGUGCUUACUUUGAGGUGUCUGCUAAAAAGAACCAUAAGCUGGAUGAGAUGUUCCAGGGACUUUUUACCAUGGCUAAGCUGCCCAGUGAGAUGAGCCCAGAUCUGCACCGCAAGGUGUCUGUCCAGUACUGUGAGAUCCUACACAAGAAGUCUUUCAAAGGCAAGAAAAUAAAGGAAGAUGGUGAUGCUUAUGGCAUUGUGGCUACCUUUGCCCGUAGACCCAGUAUCCACAGUGACUUAAUGUACAUCAGGGAGAAGGCUAUAGGGGGUGGGCAGAGUAAGGAUAAGGAGAGAUGUGUCAUAAGCUAGGGGAAGCUCUUCAUCUAACCUUACAUAUAAAUAUAUACAUAGCAAAACUCAAUGUUUUGGUGAAGCCAAAGAGGCAUGUCCGAUGAGGGGAUCUGCAUGCCCCCCCAUGCCUACUGGUAACGAAGGCUGUAGAGGAAGAGGGAAUCCAGCCUUGACAUUCAGCUAUUGGUACUGUGUGACCCAGGAACCAUCUGCCUGGGUAGUGAAGGAAGACUUUGAGACGCUUUAAACUUGAUGUGUGAAGAUCACUUUUUUUUUUUUUUUUGUAAAUGUAUUUUGACUUUCUUUUUAAAUCCCUUGAAGGGUAAAAUUGUUACUGUACUGAGCAAAAGCUCUAAGGACUCAAAGUGGCUUGUUUACAUGAUGCAUUGUAGCACUUUAUUGUACAUGAACAAAUGGUUUGUGCUACUUUUAAAAAAUGUUUAUUUUUCUACUGAAUAAAUAGAAUGAAAAGAAA